GCUUCUGAGCUGCCGGAGCUGCGGCGGCAGCACCGCCUCCUCUCCGGGGCCCGGUUCCAGCCCCUCUGGCCCGGCCCACUGGACAUGGAGCUCCGAACGGCGCAUCCUGAGACCCCGGCGCACACCAGCCUACCCAUCCGUUUCCCUCAUAUCCUGGGACCAGCUUCUAGCCUUUCCCAUCCCAAGCUCUGGAGACAGCAGCCUCCGGACUGCUGAGGGCAAGGACAGCAUGAAGGCCCCGGGUCGCCUUCUGCUCCUCAUACUGUGUGCCUUGACAUUCUCUGCUGGCUACGUCUUCCUGUGCUGCUGGGCUUGCCUGCCCCUCUGCCUGGCCACCUGCCUGGACCACCCCCUCCCUGUGGCCCCCAGACCCACUGUGCCAGGACCCCUGCACUUCAGUGGCUACAGCAGCGUGCCGGAUGGGAAGCCACUUAUCCGAGAGCCGUGCCGCAGCUGCGCAGUGGUGUCCAGCUCGGGCCAGAUGCUGGGUUCUGGCCUGGGUGCCCAGAUCGAUGCUGCUGAGUGUGUUCUGCGCAUGAACCAGGCCCCCACCGUGGGCUUCGAGGAGGACGUGGGCCAGCGCAGCACUCUGCGUGUGAUCUCGCACACAAGCGUGCCGCUGCUUCUGCGCAACUAUUCACACUACUUCCAGCAUGCUCGAGACACACUCUAUGUGGUGUGGGGCCAGGGCAGGCACAUGGACCGGAUGCUGGGCGGCCGCACCUACCGCACGUUGCUGCAGCUCACCAGAAUGUACCCAGGCCUACAGGUGUACACCUUCACUGAACGCAUGAUGGCCUACUGCGACCAGAUCUUCCAGGAUGAGACAGGCAAGAACCGGAGGCAGUCCGGUUCCUUUCUUAGCACUGGUUGGUUCACCAUGAUCCUGGCCCUGGAACUGUGUGAGGAGAUCGUGGUCUACGGGAUGGUCAGUGACAGCUACUGCAGUGAGAAGAGUCCCCACUCUGUGCCUUACCACUACUUUGAGAAGGGCCGGCUGGAUGAAUGUCAGAUGUACCUUCUUCAUGAGCAGGCACCACGGAGUGCCCAUCGGUUCAUCACCGAGAAGGCUGUGUUCUCUCGCUGGGCCAAGAAGAGGCCCAUUGUAUUCGCCCACCCAUCCUGGAGGGCCAAAUAGUUCCCGUUGCCAGUGGCUGCCAAGCGUCCGCUGGGCCUCCGA